AUGUGUGUGCUGCCUGCGGACCUGUGUGCGUGCUGCCCGCGGACCUCUGUGUGCCGCCUGCGGACCUAUGCGUGCUGCCUGCGGACCAUGUGUGUCGCAGGCGACCUCUGUGUGCCGCCUGCGGACCAUGUGUGUCGCCUGCGGACCUGUGUGCUGCCUGCGGACCAUGUGUGUCGCCCGCGGACCUGUGUGUACCGCCCGCGGACCAUGUGUGUCGCCCGCGGACCUGUGUGUGCUGCCUGCGGACCAUGUGUGUGUCGCCUGCGGACCUGUGUGCCGCCCGCGGACCAUGUGUGCCGCCCGCGGACCAUGUGUGUGCCGCCUGCGGACCAUGUAAAGCGCCUGCGGACCAUGUGUGUGUCGCCCGCGGACCUGUGUGUGCGCCCGCGGACCAUGUGUGUCGCCUGCGACCUCUGUGUGCCGCCUGCGGACCAUGUGUGCUGCCCGCGGACCAUGUGUGUGCCGCCCGCGGACCAUGUGCGAGUAGCCCGCGGACCAUGUGUGUGUCGCCCGCGGACCUCUGUGUGCCGCCCGCGGACCAUGUGUGUGACUCCCGCGGACCUCUGUGUGCCGGCCGGGGACCAUGUGUCGCCCGCGGACUGUGUGCCGCCUGCGGACCUUGUGUGUGUCGCCUGCGGACUUCUGUGUGCCGCCUGCGGCCCCGGGGGGUGUCGCCCGCGGACCAUGUGUGUCGCCCGCGGACCUCUGUGUGCCGCCCGCGGACCAGGUCGGGACUAUCAAAACUGCUAUGCAGAAUGA